CAUCAUUCUGGCUCUGUUUCGAGUUCUUAAAGUGAACUUGAACAUGUGUGUAAAAAUGAGUGACCCUGACGAAGAACCGAAGCCAAGGAACCUGAAGGAAACGUGCUUCAGAGCUGUCAGGGAACACUUCGAUGCUGUAGGAGUUGAUGGUGUUCUUGGUCUUCCAACACCUCUCAUCACGGAUCUUCUUCCUCAUCUGACCAUAUGUCAACUGGAUGAAAUACAGCCUGUUCUCAAUCAGAGGGGGAUAUCAACUUACUCUGGAUGGAUUGGGGUUCUACAAGAUAUGUGUGGACCCAAACGGGUGUUAGACCUACACACUGAAGACAAGGCCAAACAUGAAGUUAUGAAGAUGCUUUUUACAGUCGUGUUCUAUGGCUUCACAAACUUUUAUGUCAAAAAAAACAUCACAAAUCUGAACACUCCAUCCUUCCUGAAGGCAGCAGCCAAAUGUGUCACUAGCUUUUUAAUUAUUUCACGCCUUCAUAAAUGCCUCCAGCGUUUAACUGCUGAGCAGCGACCUCUUCUGAACCUGUUUGAGGAGCGCAUGACGAGUGUUACUAUAUCAAAUUCCCUUGUUCUUUUAGAGAAGAAGAGCAGGACAGCGCUUUAUGUCUUCCACCGCCUGGUAGACCAUGGAGUGGCUAAUAAACUUGUUAUACAAAAUGACUGUCCCAUUGUAUUGGCCUGGCUCCUGCAUGGAAGGGGAUCUCAGUACGCACACCCUGAGCUCAUGAACCUAAUGCUCACCAGAGAGGGAAGCUGUAUGUCCCAAGAUGCUUCAGCCAGAACAGACGUGGCCAUUUGCAGUACUGGUCUUGCUGGUGGAGCUUCAGGAGCCCUGGAUGAUGAAGCCAAGCCAUGCAAACGUGCGAAGAUCAGUUUUGUGUCUUCUGAGGAGGAACAAUCUGAAAUGACAAACUUUGACUUGGACCCACAGGUUCUCUGUCGAGCCUUUGCUCCUUGUGAUGCUCCCCAAGCAGGGGAGGCUUGUCCUCGAGGGCAGAUUGAUUGUCUCAAGUUCGGUGUCUGUGGGCCUGAGUCCUUUAGAGUGCUGAACUCCGCCCUGCCAACGUUUUUCAGCCUUCGGUCUCUCAUCCUGCACGGCUAUUCAACCUUUAAGGAUUUAGAUGUGAUAGCCCUGGCAAGAGCCCUGAAGCAGCUGUCUGAGAGUCCCCGCUGCUCCCUUACCGAUCUAAGCAUCAGUGUCCUGCCCUACACCAAGCUCAUGAAGGUCCUGCUGAAUGCAAACUCCAAAAUGAAAUCGCUGCAUGUGGAGAUCCAUACUGUGGUCCUCCACAGCUUGGUUACUGAGUCAGAAUUGUCAGACUUGUCAGAAAUAAAAGCCGACCUUCCCCUGGAGAAACUGACGGUCAAAGUAAUUGAGUUCCUUACAGAUCUGCAACUUAUCACAUCAGUGUUGAGACGCGCUCCACACCUCACUACACUUCAUCUCUCUGGAAUGAGAUUACCAACCGGCUCUUCUCAAAGUCAACUCCUGACCACUCUCUCAGAGUCGAAUCACUGCUUGAAGAGUCUUCAUCUGGAGGACAUGAAGCUGUCCGAUUGUCUCCCAGAGAUUCUACAUCUUCUAAAAGACUGCAAGCUGGAAGAGCUUGGGUUCAAGGACUGCCGCCUUCUGGAGAAGUGGAGCGACAAAGAGGGCAGUCUGAGGCAGUUGGUGUCUACUCUGAAGAAAGUGCCCACUCUCCACACACUCAGCCUGGCUCAGAAUCGACUUGCCAAGAAUGUGUGUGUCCUGGCAGAGCUGUUCUCAGGGUCUUCACCAAGCUCAGUGAGACGACUUGACAUAAGCUCCAACUUUAUUCAGCCUGCUGACCUGCUGAAGCUGGCAGAGACGUUGAGGUCGCAUCGUCCCCAGCACAGACUAACCCUGGACCUCAGGAAAAACCCAGGAGAUCGGGACCCUGACACAUGGGACACUGCAUUGAAGACACUUAGACCAUUCUGUAUCGUACUAGUUGAAGGAUGGGUAUCCACCAACACCAUGGCAGACCACAUCAGCAAUAUGUGAACAAAGCUGGAGUGGAGUAUCAAACACUUCCUGUUGAAGAAAGUUGGUACUUCUUGUUAGUUUGUGAAUUUCUCUUUGAAAGAGAAGAACAUGUGUUGUCAGUUUGACUUCAGUUAAGAUGGUUACAAAUAUUCCGGUGUUUCUCUAAGAACAUAUUUAAAAUACAAAAACCACACCUGCAGGGUAAGUCAGUUGUCUGCUGUCCUUUUGAUUCACUAUUGUUUUAUACCUAAUAUUUCUUGAACACAACUUCUGUGCUGUUUAAAGCAUGAGCUUGUGGAGAAAGGAAGCAUGAGUGUACAAACAGUAUGCACUGUGCAUACACACAGACUGCAGAUUUAAUGCAGCUCUAAGACUGGAUUCAAAACUUGUUCAAGACAUUGAAGAGCCUACAUGUUGUUUACUUUGUUUUUUGAAUUUUUGCAUUGAAUGUUAAGUUAAAUUUCUUUUGUAUUUGAGUGCACUUUGAACAGUUGGUAAGUAAAACAGAACCCAAUAUUAGUUGACAUUUGAAUCUUUUAUUAAACCAACAUCUGUUACA